UGCUACAGAAUUAGCAUUGUUGGUAACGGCAAACUAGUCAGCUAACGUUAGCAGUCAGCUUUAAGCAGAACUUCCUUAACAUGCUUUAGAUGAGUACCGAUGGAAGCGACAGGUGUGUGUGAGAUUGACGUGGCAACCAGAAGAAUUGUCGGCGGCAGUGAUUCCCCACCUGACCUAGACAGCCCUUGUCAGGAGGACAUUGCGGAGUUCACUCUUGGGGUGUGUUGCUCUGAGGAGGUGAGGGGAGAGACCCCAGGAAGGGAGGACAGUUCCAGUGACCUGGGUGAGGUGGAGCUAGACCCAGGAGAAGACACCAAGACGGAAGACAAGAAAGCCUUCGGGAAGGAGGUUCUCUUAUUUAUGGAAGCCCUUAAUGCCUUAGCUACUCCUGAGGAAAAACUUGCUGCCCUGUGUAAGAAGUAUGCUGAUCUGUUGGAGGAGAGUCGCUGCACACAGAAGCAGGUUAAGGCGCUGCAGAAGAAGCAGUCUCAGAUAGUGAAGGAGAAGAUCAACCUCCAAGGGGAGCACAGUAAGGCCAUCCUGGCCCGCAGCAAGAUGGAGAGCCUGUGCAGGGAACUACAGAGACACAACAAGACACUGAAGGAGGAGAAUGCCCAGCGGUCCAGAGAGUAUGAUGAGCAGCGUAAGGAGGCCAUGCUGCACUUCCAGAUGACUCUGAGCGACAUUGAAGUUCACAUGGAGGAACACAGCUCCCGCAACGCCAAACUGAGGCAGGAGAACAUGGAGCUGGCUGAGAAAUUCAAGAAGCUCAUUGAGCAGUAUGAGCUCAGAGAGGAGCACAUAGACAAGGUGUUUAAGCACAAGGAGCUGCAGCAGCAGCUGAUGGACAUCAAGCUGCAGAGAAUUGCCGAGAUGAUAAAAGAGGUGGAGGAAAAACAGCAGAGAGAGAGAGAAUUUCUGCUGAAAGACGCCACAGAGUCCAGAAACAAGUGUGAACUGAUGAAGGAGCAGGAAACACAGCUUAAGCAGCAGUUGUCACUAUACAUGGACAAGUUUGAGGAGUUCCAGAGCACCCUGGCUAAAAGCAACGAGGUCUUCACCACCUUUAGACAAGAGAUGGAAAAGAUGACCAAGAAGAUCAAAAAGCUGGAGAAGGAAACGACCCAGUGGAGGACCAAAUGGGAGAACAACAACCAGGCCCUGCUUCAGAUGGCUGAGGAGAAAACCUUGCGUGAUGGCCAUUUCAAGGCCCUUCAGGGUAAGUUGGAGCUCUUGGAGAGGCUGUGCAGGGCCCUCCAGAAGGAGAGGAAUGACCUCAACAACCGACUUAGCCUCCUCAAAGAAGAAGCAGAGGCCCAGUCUCCUGCACCUCAGCCAGGGGAACCAUUGGUUGGGGAGAGAGUGGGCUCCAUCCCGACUGAAGUGGAGGAAAUCCAUCAGGCCCCCAGGCCACCUGAACUGGAACAGGAAAGUGUGGCUGCUACUGAUGAUAAAACCACUACUGCUACUACUCUGAGCAACCACUCUCCAGCAUCAGCAACCACACAGCCCCAGAACUGA